UAAGACCCCUGGAUGUUGCCCUGGAUCAACCCUGGAUCUUAUUUCCCUGGAUGGAAACAGCAAAACCACGCCCCCGCCGUUGCACGUGAAAGUGAAAAAUAAAUAAACGUGAACUCUUUGCGCAAGAAAGAGUGAUUUAAAAAAACGUUAAAUUUAAAGUAUAGUUUGUAUUUAAGACGCACUGAUUUAAUUAACAAAGAUGGGACCUGUAAAGAAGAAGAAGUUUCAGCUUCCAAAAAGCCUAUUGGAAAUGAAGUUUAUGAAAAAAACCAAAGAACUUGAGGAAAAACGAAGAGAAGAUGAGGACCGUAAAGAGAUGUUUUCUAACGAGAUCACCGAUCAGAUGGUUUCUGAAGGGCAAAGAUUCUUGGAAGAGCCCAGUCUAGUUCCUUUACUUAAUUUACGAGAAGGUAGGUUUUCAUACCUGGGAUUCAACAAGGAGAUCGAGCAGCUCAUGCAGUCGGAGGAAGAUGCCAAGAAAGAGGCAGAGCAAAAAAGACUUGACGCUGUGAAACAAGAGCGCGAGGAGAAGUGUGUUUUGGAUGAGGACAUGGCCCUGAGGAUGGCCUCGCUCUCAAAAUCAAUUGGACUCAAGUUUAUGUCGAAGCGACAAAGAAACGACAAAGAUUCGACUGGUAAUCCAAGCAAAAAAGUGAAAGUGGAGGAAAGUAGUGGUCCGUGAUCAUAAAUCAAAUUUUCACCGCAAAUUAAUGUUGACUUGAUCAAAUUUUUUAUUUGUUUGCAAUUCAUGCGUUAAAUCCCAUUAAAUAAAAGAAAUUUCAUGCACAAUAAGAAAUAGGUCUUACU